AUGGCAUCCGUCAUCGCCGUAGAUCUCGGAAAUCAAAAUUGUGUUAUAGCGCUUCCCCAAAACGGAGGUGUCGAUAUUGUUUGCAAUCAAUCGUCCCAGCGCCUUACUCCAACGAUGGUCGCAAUUGAUAACGACAGAAGAUACGCUGGAGAGUUUGCAAAGACUCAGCAAAUGCAGAACGUAAAUGGAACAAUCACGAACUUGAAACGUCUCAUUGGUGUAAAAUAUGAUGAUCCAGAACGCGAAAUCGUAGAAAAAUUAACACCACUCAAACUUGUUAAGUUAGAUGAUGGCUAUAUCGGUGUUGAACUCACAUAUGGUGAUAAGCCAAUUGUUCUUCGUAUUGAGCAACUCCUUGCACUCAUGUUUAAGGAAGUUCUUAAGAUUGCUAAGUUAAAUGGCUCAACAAGCAACGAAGUUGUUCUUGUUGUCUCACCAUGGUGGAGUGAACGUCAACGUCGUGUUAUUCUCGAUGCUGCUAAGAUUUCUUGUGUUAAGAUUAUGAAAUUGCUCAACUCAACAACAGCUCAAGCUAUCUGUUACUCAAUGUAUCACAGAUCAAAACUUCCUGCUACAAAGGAUAAAGCAGUUCCAGUUGCUUUCAUUGAUUUCGGUGAUUCAUCAUUAAAUGUCUCAAUUGCUCAGUUAUACCAAGGUGCAGUUGACAUCAAAUCAUUUGCUUGUGAUCAACAUUUCGGUGGAGCCCACUUCACUGCUGCAUUACAAGAAUUAUUACUCGAAAUGACCAUGAAGAAGUACAAGAUCGAUCCACGUACAAAUGCUCGUGCUAUGCUUCGUUUCAACACCGCUGUUGAACGUGCAAAGAAGGUUCUUUCCAUUAACCCAGUUGUCAGAUUCGAAGUUCAAUGUCUCAUGAACGAUAUUGAUGUAAGAUUUGAUUUCAAACGCGAAGAUUUCGAAGCCAAAAUUGUUGAUCUCGUCAAACGCCUUGAUGAGCCAAUCAACAAAGCUCUUGAACUCGCUGGUGUCAAGAAAGAAGACUUGUUUGCAAUUGAAGUUCACGGUGGAGCAUCAAGAGUUGCUGCUGUCAAAGCACACAUCAAAGAAAUCUUUGGCAGAGAUCCAACACAAUCUCUCAAUCCUGAUGAAUGUUUCGCAAUGGGUGCUGGAUUCCAAGCAGCAAUUCUUUCACCAAAAUACAAAGUUAACUUGAAUGUUAAUGAUGUUGCUCCACAUACAGUAAUGAUUGAAUACACAGAUGCAGAUGGAAACAAGAAGAAUCCUGUUCUCUUCAAACAAUUCAAUAAAGUUCCAUCAACAAAGGAAGUUUCAAUCAAAGUUGCUCGCAAGACAUCAGUUCGUAUUUACACUGAUGAAUGUGAUCUUGGAAACAUCGAAAUUGAUACAGGAAAAGAUGAACCAGAUACAGUUAAUGUACAAAUCCGUAUGACUCCUGAUUCAGUCAUUGAUGUCAAAGAUGCAAACAUUGUUGUUACUGAACAGAUUCCAAUCAAAGAAGAAAAGAAACCAGAAACAAAGAAAGACAAUUCAAAGAAAGACAAUUCAAAGAAAGAAGAAGAAAAGAAGUCUGAAGAUGCUAAGAAAGUUGAAGAGCCAAAAUUCAAGACUGUUAAGAAGAAUGUUCCUGUUUCUUUAAAGUAUACACCAGCGUUUGGAUUGUCUGAUAAAGUAAUUGAAGAAUUAAAGAAGAUUGAAAUUGAUAUGGAGAAGAAAGAUAUUCUUGAAGAAAAGAUUGAUUUCGCAAAGAAUGAUCUUGAAUCAUAUAUAUUCAGAAUGAUGAAUGGAAUGGAUCGUGAUUUCCCAGAGUAUUUCGAUCCUAAGACAAAAGAUGCUGAUCGUGCUAAAGUUGAUGAAGUUCAAGCAUGGUUUUCUGAUAAUGAAUUCGAUAGAUUACCACUUGUUGAAUAUGAAAAACAAAUUGGAAUUCUUCAUGCUUUUGGUGAGCCUGCUCUUAGACGUAAGGAUCUCUUUGCAGGAGUUCAUAGAAUUGUCUCUACAUAUCAAGACAGAAAAGAAGCUGCAAUCAGAAGAUUGGACCAAAAGGAUGAAAAGUUCAGUCACAUAACAGAAAAAGAAAGAAAACCAAUACGUGAUGAACUCAAUGCUUAUGGUGAUUGGCUCAAACAGAGACAGGCUGAUUGUGAGACAGCUCCAAAGCAUCUUGAUCCACCCCUUACAUCAAAUGCUGCUGAAUCUCGUAUUGCAAACUUAGAAGAGAAAGUUCAAAAGCUUCUUUGCAAGCCAAAGCCCAAACCAGAACCAAAGAAGGAAGAAAAGAAGAAAGACGACAAGAAAGAUAAAGAUCCAAAGAAUGAAAAGAAAGGAAAGAGUGAAGAAGAAGAAAAGAAAGAAGUUCCAAAGACAGAGGUAAAAAGUGAAGAUUCAAGCAAGCAAGAAGAUGUGAAGCAAGCUUAA